CUCCAAAUAAUGGAUCUUUUCAAGCUCUCCCUCCUCCUCUUCUAUGUCUUGAGCAUUGCCAUGCUCCCCUCGUCUUUCGCUCAAGACUCGUCUCAAGAUUAUGUCGAUGCCCACAACAAAGCUCGUGCUAAAGUUGGUGUUGGGCCGGUCCAGUGGGACGAAAAAGUAGCUAAUUUUGCUCGACAAUAUGGCAACAAACACAUCAAUGACUGUGAAGCGGUGCACUCACACGGACCAUUUGGAGAGAAUAUUUCAUAUGGUUUUCCUGACUUAUCAGGCACUGCUACAGUUCAGGAAUGGGUUGAUGAGAAGCAAUUCUACGAUCUUAGCACCAAUACUUGUGCACCUUACAGGGUGUGUGGCCAUUACACUCAAGUGGUUUGGAGAAACUCAGUGAGAAUUGGAUGUGCUAAAGUGAUAUGCACAAACAAUCGUGGUACAUUAAUCAUUUGCAACUAUGAUCCACCAGGUAAUAUCCCGGGUGAAAGGCCAUUCAGUACUGAUCCGUUAAUCAGAAUUGCUAAAUAAAAACAACUUUAGAUAUGAUCUAUCUGCUGAUCAUACUAUUAUGACAUAUAUAUAUAUACUCCGUGAGAGUUACUAAAUAAAAACAACUUUCGAUAUGAUCUAUCUACUAAUCAUAUUAUUAUGAAUGUAUUUAGAUGUGAUCCUCUACCAAUCAUAUUAUUAUGAAU